CCAAGAUGGCGGCGCUCUGUUGGAGGUCUGCUUCUCGACCGCUGUGGCAAAUUAUAGCGAGACAAGGCACGUUAAAAGCUGGUGUGCGCAACCUCUCUUCUAGCACUCAGCGAUGGUGCGCUCAAAAACUCCGGGCUGUAAAUUCUCCGUCUCCUUGGGUUCUACAUGGAGCGGUGUGUUUACAACGGUUACCAGUUAUAUCUCAAGACCGGAACCCAAUCGAGGAGCAGUUCUUGGACCUUCUGCAGCAGCUGGAACAGGAGAAAAGCAUGCUUUCUGAUCACGAGCUUCGUCUCUUGCUGGAUUCUGAUCGCCUGAGUCGUAAACAAGAGGCCGAUUAUGGCUCAGAUGACGAGGACUAUGAAAGCCAGGACAUUGUCACAGCUCAAGAUUUGGAGGAUGCUUGGGAACAGAAACUGAAGCAGUUCAAACCAGCUUUAAGGAUAAAAGCUUCUGACAACACAGAUGUGAGCUCCUCCGAGUGCUUCCUGGGAGACAGCUUGGUGCUCCUGGUGAAGCAGGAUGUUGGCCAUCAGAACGUCUGGCUUCUGCCUCAGCUGCAGUGGGAGGCAGGAGAGACACUGAGACAGACAGCCGAGCGUGCCCUCUCCAGUCUGCCAGGUGCAGAAUUGAAAGCAACCUUUCUUGGCAAUUCCCCAUGUGGAUUUUACAAAUACCAAUUUCCCAAGAACGUUCAGACCGAGAGCAGAAUAGGAGCCAAGGUGUUUUUCUUCAAGUCUCUGCUGUCAGGCGGUGACUGCUCAUCUCUACAGAAGGACUCUUUUGCAUGGGUGAGAAAAGAUGAACUGCAGGAUUAUCUCAAACCAAAAUACCUAAAACAGGUCAAGCGUUUCAUCCUGAAUCUGUAAUGUAGCACAAGUGCAGAGGACCUGUGCCCCAUGUACACGUGGUGUUCAGACUUGUACACUGGUGCCCACUCCUUUAUAAAUGGAAUGGCUACAAAUCAGAUGGGCUGCACCUCUUAUGAUCAGAAACAUAAUGUCCCAGUCCAUUUCCUGGCUGCUUCAUUGCCUUAAUCAGUUAUGACGCUGUGACCAAGCAUGACAUAACUGAUUAAAUAAGUCCACGGUUUGAUUUGUUGAUUAAAUGAAUUGGGUGUCUUAGGCAGAAUGUGAUGGACUAAUAAAUUAGGAUGGAUUGAAUUCUGUUACAGAGCUCUAAAUCUUUGUGGAUUAUAUCAGAUUGCCAUGACCAGUCCGCCAUUCCUUCAAUGCCUAAAUGUGUAAUGUACAACAUUAAAAAUAAUACCCUGCC